CUCAGACGGAGUGUUUUCUCCUCCUCUCUGCGCUGCUUCUGAUCUCUUUUGUUUGUUUGUUGUCUCUGUUUCCCUGGGAUCUUUUGUCAUGGAUGGCAACGGAUUGUCUGGAUUUCUCAAUCACUGCAAGGAUCUGUGAAAGGAACUGUUGAAUUUGCUGUUUAAGAGGAAAGAGGGGAAAAUCUGGAGUGCCAGAUCGUGGCAGAGUGAAGACGAAGGAUUCAGUUUGAGAUUCAUCAAAAUGUGUAAUAUUACUUCUUCAUCGAAUGACACCUGUUACACACAGAAUGCAGUCACUUACCAAGUCCUCUCCGGCGUGAUGACUGUGGAGUUCAUUCUGGGACUUCCUCUCAACCUGUCGGUGCUCUACAUCUUCAUCUUCAGGUACAAAUUCUGGAAGAAUAACAGCGUGUUCCUCUUCAACAUUGUGGUUGCUGAUUUUUUGCUGGUGGUCUGUAUUCCUGUUAAAAUUCACCACUAUCAGAACAAUCUGAGGCACAGUGAGGAUCAGGUUGUUUGCCGUCUGAUGCACUUCAUGCUGUUCCUCAAUCGAGGGGCCAGCAUCGGCUUCCUCAUCACUCUGUCCCUGGACCGCUACUUCAGCGUCGUCCAUCUGGGGAGGAGAAACUUUGUGAAGGUGCUGAAGAAGUCUCCACUGAUCUCUGUGCUUAUCUGGGUGUUCUUAGUGCCGCUCACCAUCCCCACGAUGCUAUCUUCCUUCGUUUGCUGCAACAGCCUUGGCCGAAUUAAAACCACAACUCUGGAGGUUUUUGCGGACACUUUCAGAGAGAUCGUCUUCUUCUCUCAAAUCAUCUUCCCCUUCAUCAUCCUCAUUUACUGCACAACUUGCAUCAUCAGUCGACUGAGGAGGAAAUCGAUUGGGGAAAAGGCCAAACUGAGGAGAGCCGUGUUCGCCGUCCUGUCUGUCGCCAUCGUCUUCUCCAUCUGCUUCCUGCCAUGCACGGUGGCUCGGCUGGCGCUGCUGAUCGUGAGGCUGAAACACUGUCAGGAACUGGAGGACGUGGUGGUCCAGGUGUACGACGCCCUCAUGGUUUGGUCCUACGCCGACUGCUUGCUGGACCCACUGGUUUACUGCUUCUGCAACUCGGGCUUUAAGGUAGCUUACGUCUCCACUUUCUUCCCACCACGUCUGAGGAAGAAACUGCUGAAGUCUCCCUCGGCCUCACCGAUGGUCACAACAACAGCAGCUACAAUGACAACAACUGUAGUCUCAGGGGCUAAACUGAUUUAAUUGCAAAUAAUGGAAAAAUGACCAUUAGUCAAUCUUUCUGGUUUAAAUGUAGCUAUCAUAAAAACUUGUCAACUACUCCUGCACCCAUAAACGUUUCUUCUCAGGAACAAAGCUUUAAAAUGUUCCCAUUAUUCUUCCUUGAAAAUGUUAAGAUAGGUACAUAGGAUAUAGAAAAUAUGUUACAUUACAUUUUUUGUAUAAAAUCAUUCAUAGAAAAUGAUUUUUGAGUGUGAU